AUCAGUUAACGAGAUCAUCAUCAAACAUUGAAAUUGUGUUGUUUUAUUUCACAAUAAUUCUAUUCGAUAAAUGAAAUUUGUUAAUCAUUUCUAAACUACAAUAAGAUCGCGUAAAAGCUGUGUACCGACCGAAUAAAAUGGCUAAAAGAUCUGCAUCCGAAGCGUUCGAUACAGCAGAGCAAGUGGUCCACAAGAAAGAAGGAAAAAAGCAUUCUUUGGAUUCGGAUGAAGAAGAUAGCGGCGCUGAAGAAGAAAAAAACAAUGUUCUCAAUGCUGAUGACAUCGAAGGUGAAGAAGACGGUGUUGGAGGGAUGGAAGGUGAAAUAGCUAUAACGCCAUUCAAUAUGAAGGAAGAACUUGAAGAAGGUCAUUUUGAUACCCAAGGACAUUAUCAUUGGAAGAAAGAAAAGGAAGUAAGAGAUGGCUGGCUAGACAACAUAGACUGGGUCAAAAUCAAAGGCAGACCAGAAGAUAAAUACAAAGUUCACAAAGAUGAUGACAACAAGGGGCUGGGUGAUGAAUCGAGCAGUGAUGAAGAAGAACCAGAGGAGAAAUUCAAUCUGAUAGACAACUAUACAGAGAUUUUGCAACAUAUGAAACCAAAAGAAACUAUUGCAAAAACUUUACAGCGUCUUGGUGCUGGAUCUAAAAUCUCAAGUGCAGAGCGGUGGAAACGAAAAAAAGCAGGCAUAGUCGAUGAAGACAGUAAACAUGUCACAAGAGUAACUGAGCUCGCAAAUCAGAUUUUAACCAAACUUGGCAACAUGGAUGUAUACCAAGAAACUUAUGAAAAAAUAAGUUCAAAUAUUGAUUGAUCAUGGCAACUAUGGCGACAGAUAGGUUCACCCGCAUUGCAUACACAUUGGCGAAACCAAGGAAGCCCAUAAUACCCAGCACAGUUCGACUUUUGAUCCAUCCUGUGGUUUCCUCAACUGAAACAACACUGAAUUUUGUAAUCAAAAAUAAAAAAAUAAGAGCAUA